AGAGUUAAAAAAUAUUAUUCUUGUAAUAAUCUUGUAUAUACUUAAGCCACAAGUAAUCGUAAUUUAGGAAAAGGUUUCAUGUAUAAAUACAUUGUCAUCUCAAUGAAAUAGAGGAGAUGAUUUGAACUUUUUCAAUAAACAUAUUGUUUUGACCACCAAAAUUGACCAUGACCACUAAACAAUAACCUCUCAUUAAUCUAAGCACACAACAAAACAAAUUAUCCCUCUUCUCAACGAACUUUACCACCAAAAACUUCUCUUUCCCGGAAAACAGACCUCACCGAUCGAUGCCUCCACCAUUCCAACAUCGUCAAUCCUAAUUCAUCAUCGAUCCCACCAUUGAUCCUCCAUUUUCUUUCCCAUUCAAAGGAAUGUGGCUAUCCCGCAAGAAUUCAUUCAAUAGUAGCCCAUCAAGCCCAAGCCGUAGAAAUCACACCUCAAGUUUCAAUCGACAUUCCUUCAAGAACAUCGAGGAUCUCUUAAUCGAUGAUGACAUGCAUGUUUCUACCACCAAUGAUUUGAACAACGAUCAUCAACAUCCAUUCCAAAAGCAAAAACAACCCCCUUCUCCAAUUCCGAAUUCCCGGAAUUGCGUCUUCCACCGUGUCCGCCUCGCUAACCAAUUAACUAAAUCAUUGGCGACGGUUCGACUCAAACCCGUCUCUGAAAAAUCUCCACCGGAAUUACAAAAUGCCUCGCCGAUGUACAAAUCAGAGACAUCAAUAACAAUCCCCGGCGCCGAGAAGAAAAUAGUUGUAUACACGACGAGCCUCCGUGUGGUGCGACCUACCUUCGAAGCUUGCCGGACAGUUCGUUCAAUCUUACAAGGAUUCCGGGUGGCGGUCGAUGUGCGAGAUCUGUCGAUGGAUUCGUCAUUCAAAGAAGAGUUACAGAAGAUAAUGGCGCAAGGAGGAGAGGUGAUUCAAAAGAACAAAGUUGCUCUUCCUAGCGUUUUUCUGGGCGGGAGUUACCUCGGAGAUGCGGAGGAUGUGAGGGAGCUUUGUGAGACCGGCGAGUUGAAGAAACUGGUGGAGCGGUUGCCGGCGGUGCCACGUCGCGUCUGCGAGGGUUGUGGGGACUUUAGGUUUAUUAUCUGCAAUGAGUGCAAUGGAAGCCGGAAGUGCUAUAAGAAGAAAGGUGGCUUUUGGAGUUGUACGGUGUGCAAUAUGAAUGGUUUGAUCAGGUGCCCUGCUUGUUGGACUGUUAACUCUUGAUCAUAAUUGUUAUAUAGUAAUUGUUUUAUAAUUAAUUAAUUAUUAGGAUAUGAUUUUAUUAUUUGUUUUUUUAUAAAAAUAUGUAAUCAUUUUGACGAAAAUUUAGGACAUUUUGUUCAAGAUUUUAUAAAUGUAUAGUUUUUGUUAGAAUUCAACAAAAAAGAAUUUCUGGAAAAAAUUUCAAUUUUGUUGUGUUUUUUUAAUUUUUUUCCCAGAAAAAGAUAUACAUAGGUGUUGUGAUAUAGUAGAGAUUGUCUGAUUGAGGGUACAGAUGGGCUCCGUGCGGGUUCUGUCUCCUGAU